UCAGUGUUAUGGCGGAUUUAGACAUUUCAUAAAAAUUCAGUUUUCGAUGAAAUAUUGCAUCGUUUCUUUUUUGAAGCGUUUUAUAAACAUUGCCCAUGGUUAGCAAUAAGCUAUAAAAGUCCUUAUAUCGUCUCACUAACGAAACGUCAGAAAAAUGACGUCCUUUUCGCCAUUUACCCCACCAGUUGUGAAGAGGUUGCUCAGUCACAAGAAAGGCGAUUCUGACCGAGAAGAUAAAUGGUCUGAAAAGGCGGUUAAAAGCCUAGUUAAGAAGCUGAAAAAGUCUGGUGGCCUUGAUGAAUUGGAAAAGUCCAUAACUAAUCAGGACGCCACAACAAAAUGCAUUACUAUUCCUCGGUCGCUGGAUGGUCGUCUGCAGGUAUCCCAACGGAAGGGCCUCCCUCACGUGAUCUACUGUCGUCUGUGGCGGUGGCCGGACCUCCAGUCCCACCAGGAGUUGCGGGCCAUAGAGUCGUGUGAGUACGCCUACGCCCUGAAGCGGGAGGAGGUGUGUGUGAACCCUUACCACUACAACCGUGUAGAGAUUCCUGAAGGAUUCGAGGCCGACACUGGCAAUAUGAUGACUCUGCCCCCUGUCAUGGUACCCAGAUCCACAGAGAUCCCGAAUAAACUCCCGGAACUCGAGAAUUACGCCACCACAGUGCCAGAGAACACAGACUUCCCAACAGGACUGGGUGAAAACUUUUCUAUACCAGACACGCCCCCACCUGGCUACAUAAGCGAGGAUGGGGACAAUACGGAUAAUCAAGGUGAUAUGGACAUGUCCCCCAGCCCCUCCAAUCAGAAUCAAAUGGACGCCCAGCCUGUCACGUACAAAGAACCCACGUAUUGGUGCUCUAUAGCAUACUAUGAGCUGAACACACGAGUAGGAGAAACAUUUCACGCCUCCCAACCCUCGCUGACAGUGGAUGGGUUUACUGACCCCUCAAACAGCGAACGCUUCUGUCUCGGCUUGCUGUCAAAUAUUAACAGAACACAACAGGUCGAAAUGACGCGGAGACAUAUUGGUAAAGGUGUUCGUCUGUACUACAUCGGAGGUGAGGUGUUCGCGGAAUGUCUUAGCGAGAGUGCAGUGUUUGUACAGAGCCCCAACUGUAACCAGCGAUAUGGCUGGCAUCCUGCAACAGUGUGCAAAAUACCCCCAGGCUGUAACUUGAAGAUCUUCAACAACCAGGAGUUUGCAGCCCUUCUUGCCCAGUCAGUUAACCAGGGCUUCGAGUCUGUGUACCAGCUGACCAGGAUGUGUACCAUACGCAUGAGCUUCGUCAAGGGGUGGGGAGCCGAGUAUAGGCGUCAGACAGUCACAAGUACUCCGUGUUGGAUAGAAAUUCACCUGAACGGCCCUCUACAGUGGCUGGAUCGAGUACUUACACAGAUGGGCUCUCCAGGGUUGCCAUGCUCUAGCAUGUCAUAACUAUUAUAAACAUGAUAAAAGUGGUUAACCGGGUCUGUGGGAAAACCCACUGUACAUUAUUUGAUUGACUUCUGGUGAAAACUUGAGUUACAGACUUAAUCAAGUGUGAAGCCGGGUUGGUGGGAUUCUGCCCAUCGUAUUUGAUAAACUUAUUGUUAAAACUUGAGUUACAAAGCUAACCAAGUGGUAUCCUGGACUGGUCAGAUUCUCCUCACUGUAUUUGAUCGACUUCUUGUGAAAACUCUACUUCCCUUGAGUAGUACACCAAAUGGUGUACUGGUGUACUGGUGUACUGGUGUACUGGUGUACUGGUGUACUGGUCAUGUGAAAAACACCUCCACUGGAAACUGUUGUCUUCAUUUGAAACCCUGGGUUGUAGCCUGUGACAGUCACGAUCCAGUUUUAGGUCCAGUGGCAAAUCUUAUCUAGUGUGAAGACAGACUAAUUGUUGGCAUUUAAGGCUGGUAUUCAUACAGCACGUUCAGUUCAACUCAAUGUCAAUGUAUAUUCAGCUCCUGUUAUUACACAAACUGUUUAACAACAGGAAAUGUGUAGGGAGUUGAAAGGAGAUAAGAACUUUGUUUUGGUUCAAUCCCUUUAGAUGUUUGAAGGGAAAAUGAAAUGAGGAUAAUACUCCAAGACAGCUAAAUAGGAGUUGCAUUGUCACAUAAGGUCCCAAAAUAUUGUUUCAUGUAACUCCAACAGUAAGGCUCCUACACUCAUGAUUUAACUUUACAGGUAUGUUAGUUUGGGCUGAUGUGCAACUGAACUUUUUGUCACAUACAACUUGGGCAAAAAAAGACAUGGCCCUAAACUCAGUAAAAAAUAUCAUAGAUUAGCAUGGGUGGUUGUGCACCUGCCAUUGUGGGGAAAUAUAUCUAGCAAGAAUUCUGGCACUGUAAUUAGUUAAAAAUGGUAUGAUGAAUCUUGCGUGGCAUGUAGAUCCCAUCAUACCAGUAUUGCAUCUAUACUGGUGAAGCAUCAUAGUAAUUUUGGUCAUCAUAGGCUUUAUGUGCACCUGCAAAUGUUUCACUGCUUCACUUCUUAACUCCACAACGCCACAUUUCUGUGUCAGGGGGCAUCUGAGGGGAUCCAUCACGACUCUGACAACUCAAGUUUACAUAACUAUGUUGGCGCUAGGAAAGUGUAGGCCACUAUUUCAAUUGAAGCAGAACAUCUGUCAAUUUGAGAUAAUGAAAAGAUGAAAAUGAGUUUUUUAGCUACAUGUACUGGCUAUUUUUAAUACUGUUGAAGCCUACAUGGCUUCUAAACUAAUUAUUACUGAACUUGUUUUAUGAAUAUCAGCUCUUACGGUAGUGUUACCAUGCCAGGAAUGAUCAUGUACUGCAUGUGUCAAACCACUGCUACACAACAUUUGUUAUCUCUUUAUUGAUGUAUUGAACUGGACUCAGUACCUCGUGUAGAACCGUGUCUUUUGCUGAAAUAUAUACUUUUUAAACUGCGUUAAAAGUAUUGGAUACACUGAUACCAUUUUUGAUGAAUUAUAUUUUUACGACAAGUUUAGUGCUAGUAUUGUUGAAAUGGAAAUGCUACAUGUAUAUUAAUGAGCAUUUUGAAGUCACCAUUUAUGAUGGAUUGAAAACUCUAUUUUACAACCCCCUAGUUUAAUGAUUUUCCCCCAUUAAAAUGUGAUUUUUUAAGAACAUUUAUAACUAAAUAAAUAAAUGUAUGAGGGAAAAGAAAAAGUUUUUUCAUUAGCAUCAAUUUUGAUAUGGUUAACUGUUUUUUUUCUAGUUUUUGACCAUGGCCCGUAACACAUCAGCAAGAGAUAACCAAAAUAAUGUUUGUAUUCCAUUCCCUCACCUUCCCUCAUUGUUUGCAACCAUGCAUAUUUUUUUAUUGAUGCCAGAUAAUAAAAAAAAAAAACAUUAUUUUUUUAUUCUUUAGAAUAUAUUUUUGGUGUUGACACGUAAAUGAAUUGUUUUUAAAUAGUAUUUAGUUUUCUUUGAACAAUACAAAUUGGAGAUAGUCCUAACUCUGAAAUUGAACAUCAUCAUAACCUGUGGAAUCUAAAAUAACAAUCCUGACCCUCCUUCCCUGCUUUUUUACCAGUAAAAUAGGAAAUGAACAUUUUAUUUUUGCCUAAUGAUUAUACGAGUAUAUUGAGUUCUUUCAUAUGUGUUUACAUGUUCAACCAUUGUUCCUGAUGGUUUUUAGUUUUACUAUAGUUUUAUUUAGAUUAUCAAAGUUCAGUUAUUUGUUUAUUUUGCAUAUGAAGUAUAAUUAGAGUUUAGAAGGAACGGCAGUAAAUAUGUAAUAUGUUACUGAAAGGAUGUUACGUUUCUCGUUAUGUUAUCUCUGAUUGGGCCUACAUUUUACAUGUUUCUUUGUUGACAUUUGGGAAGAAAUAGUUUGUAUUAUUAGCUGUGACUUAUCUUAAUGUAUAUUGAAUUUUAGAGAUCUAGUUGGGAAAAUAUUUGAAAAAGAUUUUUAAAACAAAAUAUAAAAAGUUAUCACAUAAUUAUACACUGCCUGUAAUUGUGUUAAAAUGUAUCCUGUCAUUAACUGCUGAAAACAUUCGUAUUGAAUAUGCCUUUAUCUGUCUCAAAGAAAUGUUACAAUGGUUGAAAAAAAAAAGAUUUUAACAUGUACUAUUUUCAUAUUAGGAUCGAUGUAUGAAAACAUUAAGCAAGUGUUCUUGUACCUGUCAUUUUGGAAUUCAUAAACUAUGUACUCACCAAAUUAUACACAAAUGAACUCCAAUAGAAAAAGACAUGGAAAGCAGUAACAUUUCUGUAAAUUGUGGAUAAAAUACUUGUUAAAGAUAAAACAUGAUCAAAACUUCAUAUCAGAGAUCUAUUGAUAAAAAAAUGGACUGAAAAUGCUUUAUUUUGUUGAAAAGUGUUCAAAACGCUACUAAAAAUUAAAUUAUUUCAGCUUUGGCUUAAUAAGAUUCUGUUAAAUUUUCUGAGAAUCUGCCAGUUGCUUUUUAUUCUACACAUAAAAUAUGUGAGUGUGUUCCUAAAUGAACUGGAUAGAGGCAUUUAACUUGGUGAAACAACUUGAGCUUUUGUCAUGGAGACAAACUUUGACUUUGUGUUUUGUAAUGUAUCAGUAUUACUUCUGUAUUAUUAUCUAUGAAUAUUGGAACAACAUAUGUAUACAUUUCAUAGCCCUAGUGUUGCAAUGAGGCUGUGUGGAGCAUGUGAAAUGUAGGCCCAAGUAUUUGUUCACAAUCAUGAAAUGAUUGCUUUAUAUGUCCAUAUGUGAUCACUCAAACAUUAUUGUUUCAUAAUAACAAUUCUCAUAUACAUUUCACUCCGAUUGUUUGCAUAUUUUAUAUUAACUUAAGUCUAGCAUAAAACAAUAAUAUCAGAAGUGACCAGUUUGCACAAUUUAUAAAGUUUAUAUGGACAUUUUAAAUAAUAAUUGUGUUAAGGAAUUUGAACUUCCUAGUUUAGAGUAAGGAUAUAUUGUCAAAGCCCAUGUGUUUUUGGUGUGAAAAUUAGCCAAAAAGGACUCGGCCAUAUCGAAACAAGUUACAGUAUUUGCAGAGUUUAACCUUGAUUCACUCAAGAACCCAGAUACCAGUGCAACCAUAUGACAAGUGCACGGGCCUCCUUCUUAGUAUCAGUUAAAUUGACUUGACAACGAACCACCCUGAUAUAAAUAUUCAUAACUGUUUAAACUCUUUAAUUUACAUGAUUGUGAAGAAAAUUAUAUUGAUGCUGUGUUGUUGGGGGAAACUUGAGUGCCUGGCUUGGUAACCACCAAUCAAGCUCACAUAUGCCCAAAACUGUUAAACCAUUGGGAAGAUGUACUAGAAACAGCUCACAUAUGCCCAAAACUGUUAAACCAUUGGGAAGAUGUACUAGAAACAGCUCACAUAUGCCCAUAACUGUUAAACCAUUGGGAAGAUGUACUAGUAACAGCUCACAUAUGCCCAUAACUGUUAAACCAUUGGGAAGAUGUACUAGUAACAGCUCACAUAUGCCCAUAACUGUUAAACCAUUGGGAAGAUGUACUAGUAACAGCUCACAUAUGCCCAUAACUGUUAAACCAUUUGGAAGAUGUACUAGAAACAGCUCACAUAUGCCCAUAACUGUUAAACCAUUGGGAAGAUGUACUAGUAACAGCUCACAUAUGCCCAUAACUGUUAAACCAUUGGGAAGAUGUACUAGUAACAGCUCACAUAUGCCCAAAACUGUUAAACCAUUGGGAAGAUGUACUAGUAACAGCUCACAUAUGCCCAUAACUGUUAAACCAUUGGGAAGAUGUACUAGAAACAGCUCACAUAUGCCCAAAACUGUUAAACCAUUGGGAAGAUGUACUAGUAACAGCUCACAUAUGCCCAUAACUGUUAAACCAUUGGGAAGACGUACUAGUCACAUAUGCCCAUAACUGUUAAACCAUUGGGAAGACGUACUAGUCACAUAUGCCCAUAACUGUUAAACCAUUGGGAAGAUGUACUAGUCACAUAUGCCCAUAACUGUUAAACCAUUGGGAAGACGUACUAGUCACAUAUGCCCAUAACUGUUAAACCAUUGGGAAGACGUACUAGUCACAUAUGCCCAUAACUGUUGGAAAGAUGUACUAGUCACAUAUGCCCAUAACUGUUGGGAAGAUGUACUAGUCACAUAUGCCCAUAACUGUUGGGAAGAUGUACUAGUCACAUAUGCCCAUAACUGUUGGGAAGAUGUACUAGUCACAUAUGCCCAUAACUGUUGGGAAGAUGUACUAGUCACAUAUGCCCAUAACUGUUGGGAAGAUGUACUAGUCACAUAUGCCCAUAACUGUUGGGAAGAUGUACUAGUCACAUAUGCCCAUAACUGUUGGGAAGAUGUACUAGUCACAUAUGCCCAUAACUGUUGGGAAGAUGUACUAGUCACAUGAUGUACAAGCACACUAGCUUGGUUUCAAGGUAUUCUUUUGUUAUACAAAGUUGGCAAUUAUCCUGGGUGGUCGUUACCAUAUUCAAGCGUCAUAUCAAUUUGCAUACUUCCACUUCAUGUUAUGUUGAUCCAGUUUUAAGUAAGUUGAUGCAUUGUGCACUUGUUAUAUCUGAUGUGUUCCAUACUGGGAUGAUGUUUUCCCUUUAAUUCUUAACCGACAAGUCUAGUACAUGUUUCGAAUGAUCUUUUCAAUACUAAAAUUAUGAAAGACAGCAAUAUUCAAGUGUUAUCAAACUGCAACUGUAAAACAUUGGUUUUGAAGAAGUUGUUUGUUAUUUCAAAAACUUUGCAGGUAUUUUAGUGUAACAAAUCUCAUGGUCACAGAAAUGGUUAUAAAUUAAAAUCAGAAAUAAUGCGUUUCUGAGUAUCAUCUGAAAUUUAAUCUCAGUUUAGUUUUGUUAUGAUUGCCUAUUUACCCGAAACUCUGAUGGUUAUUUUUACUGUAUUAUAACCUUGAUAAUGUAUAUAUGUGAUACUAGCAUAUGUUUGUGCUGAAUAAAUACAUUUGUCGCUUUAUAAA